GGUGAGUUUCAAUACACUACUUUUUGCUUUUCUAGGUGCCACUGCAGAGGAGAUAAACCAGCACUGGGAAUGGCUGGAACAAAACUUGCUCCAUACCUUGUCUGUGUUUGACAAUAAAGAAGAUAUUGUUAGUUUUGUCAAAGGGAAAGUGAAGGCGCUGAUUGCGGAGGAAACGAGCAGCAAGCUCGCCGAGCAGGAGGAAGACCCCGAGAAGUUCCGAGAAGCCCUGGUGAAAUUUGAAUCCAGAUUUAAUUUUCCUGAAGCCGAGAAGUUGAUCACCUAUUAUUCCUGUUGCUGUUGGAAAGGAAAAGUUCCCCGGCAAGGCUGGCUUUAUUUGAGCAUCAAUCAUCUCUGUUUUUAUUCCUUCUUCCUGGGCAAAGAAUUGAAACUUAUCAUUCCUUGGGUUGAGGUUCAGAAGCUGGAAAGAACCUCCAACGUCUUCAUGACCGACACGGUCCGCGUCACCACUCCAAAUAAAGAGCGCGACUUCUCCACGUUCCUCAAUAUCGCCGAGGCUUUCAGGAUCAUGGAGCAGCUGGCAGAUGUGACGCUCCGAAGGCUACUGGAUAAUGAGAUCUUUGAACUGGAUCCAGGCCUACAGGAUCCUACUCAGAUUACCAAGAGGGAUCUUGAAGCCAGAGCGCAGAAUGAAUUCUUUCGGGCCUUCUUCAGAUUGCCCAGGAAGGAGAAGCUGCAUGAAGUUGUAGACUGUUCUCUCUGGACGCCGUUUAGUCGCUGUCACACAGCAGGAAGGAUGUAUACUUCAGACACUUAUAUCUGUUUUGCCAGCAAGGAAAAUGGCUGCUGCAAUGUUAUCAUCCCACUUAGAGAGGUAAUCAGUAUAGAGAAGAUGGAGGACACAAGCCUUCUCCCCAAUCCCAUCAUCGUUAGCAUAAGGAGCAAGACAGCCUUUCAGUUCAUCGAGCUGAAGGACCGGGAUACUUUGGUGGAGAACCUGCUCAAGAGGCUAAAAGAAGUGAACUCCAGCAACCCAGCGCACUGUAACAACUUGCAAAAUAAGAACCAGAACACUCCUGCCCUUGGAUCCAUGUGCAUGCUCAGGGAUGAUGAGCCUGCGUGUCUGGGAGCAGAGGCGUCCCAAGGCAUGGAGGGAAGCGAACGCGGAAAGGAGAGCAGUUAUUUGCUCAGUGCAGAAGCACUUAUGUCGGACUUUCAUCAGUCAGGAAUGACGGGCCUUGAUUUUGGAAAGUCUAGGGAGCAAAUCAAAGAGAGUCUGUGGAAUGACCAUUUUGUAGAAUACGGCAGAACGGUGUGCAUGUUUCGCACAGAGAAGAUCAGAAAACUUGUUGCAAUGGGAAUCCCCGAAUCCUUAAGAGGCAAACUCUGGCUGCUCUUCUCAGACGCUGUGACGGAUCUCGCCUCCCAUCCCGGUUACUACAUCCAUUUGGUAGAGGCAUCCAUGGGCAAGUGCUGUAUGGCGACGGAGGAGAUUGAGCGUGACCUCCACCGCUCGCUGCCCGAGCACCCCGCCUUCCAGAGCGAGACGGGGAUAGCCGCCCUGCGAAGGGUGCUCACCGCCUAUGCGCACAGGAACCCCAAGAUAGGAUACUGCCAGUCCAUGAAUAUUCUGACCUCCGUGUUGCUGUUGUAUGCCAAAGAGGAAGAAGCCUUCUGGCUGCUGGUUGCUGUGUGUGAGCGAAUGCUGCCGGAUUACUUCAACCAGCGAGUGAUAGGUGAGCUCGUGUGUCUCUUCUUGCUAACUGGGAAGGGGCAGCCACAUGGCACUGGGGUGGGCAGGGCGCUGGCAGGUCCAGACCCGACGGGCGAGGUGGUCUGCCGACCUGAGCAGUGCGCAGGGACAGCAGCGGUGGCUGCUCAG